AUGGAGCUCUCGGAUCGGUUGAUUAUCUCCAAGCCACUGUACUUGACUGAACCGAACGAAAAAUGCGGCUACUGCAGUGGCAAGAAGUCUGAUAAAUAUGAUUAUUUCGCAUCGGAAUCGUGGUGGAAGUUGCACGAGAAAGAUGCAGAUAUGUUGCAGAUCAACAACUGUACGCUUGGAUUGCAGGUGGAAUUGAUGCCUGUGGAUAUGUACGACGAUCUUUGCAAUUUGGGAUUCCGCAGGUCGGGCAACUUUCUGUAUAAGGCAGAUCUCCUGAGGAACUGUUGUCGACUCUACACUAUAAGAACCACGCCUGACCAAUGCCAGAUCUCGAAAGAGCUGAAAACGUGUGUAACUCGUUUUCGCAAACGAAUCACCACUGGGGCAGACGAGACUUCCAAGCAACAGGCCAAACCCAGAGACAAGAGCACCACCUCCACCACCACACAGCUCAAAUUUGACUACAUACAAGAAAUUGUCCAAGCGGAACUUAAGAGUAACAACUUCUUCACGCGGUUCGAGCCCGCAAUGUUUACCAUGGAAAAAUAUAACUUGUUUGUCAAAUACCAGGAAAAUGUGCACAACGACUUCAAGAACUCGAUCAAAUCGUUUAAGAGAUUUUUGUGCGAAUCACCAUUCCCAGAAGACGUGGUGAUUGGAACGCAAGAAGAAUGGGACCAGCUCAACAAUUGGCACAACAUGAAACCGGGCGAGACUCUGAAAAGGGUCGGACCAGUGCACGAAUGCUACUAUUUCGAAAACAAGCUCAUUGCGUUGGCAGUGACGGAUUUUUUGCCCAGUGGCAUUUCGUCUGUCUAUUUCAUAUGGGAUCCAGAUUUCCCACGCUGGUCAUUGGGAAAACUGAGUGCGCUGCGAGAGCUUAGCAUACUGUCAAAAAUCAAUCGUCAGUAUUAUUACCUUGGCUACUACGUCGACGACUGUCCCAAAAUGAGGUACAAACGCAAAUAUGGGGGCGACAUUUUGGAUGUCUGCAAUAACCAAUACGUGCCACUUGAUCUCGUAACGCCGCUGGUGGAGAACGGCAAGUUUUUCGUGUUGGAUCACGAAGCCCGUAAUCGAGAUAAAGACGAUGACGAAGAUGAUGAUGACGAUGACGAAGAUGAUGAAGAUGACGAGGAAUCGGACGUUGUAGAUGCUCAGUUUGAGCUACCGCUAGACGAUGUUUCUAGACUUAAAUUGACGGGCACCCCUGUGAACAUUGUAGACAAGAUCUACGGUGAACACGGCGGAGCCAUUUUAUCCGCCAACGAGGCAGUUGAGAAACUGGUUGAUUUAGGAAUCGAGUACACGCCGACCCUUUUCGAUGACUUGUACCGCUACAAAAUGCCCAGUAUCUUCGCCGCAGCACCGGAACCGGAAAUCACAUAUGAGGAAGACGACGACGGGGACAUCCCGGGCUACAUGAACGAGAUAUACCAUCUUCCAAAUGUGGUACCGGGUCUUUUACCACUUUGGCAAAUUCUACAAAUCAUCGAAUCCGGUGACAUUUCACGCCUCAACAACAAACUCAUGCUCUACAACGUGAGGAGUGGUCAAAUACGAGUUGUCGCUGAUUUUGCGGCCGAGACCAAACGCACCAAACGUGUUAUUUGCAACGUCAUUCGCAUGAUAGGUCUCAAAUCGACGGCCAAGAGCCUUAUCAUCAUCUAA